GCCGUGGAGCAAAAGGAGAAGGAGGACGGAGGGAAAGCGGUGCAGCCGCGCGAAACGCGGGCCAAGGCUCGCGCGGCAAAGGCAGCAGCAAAGGCCGCUGCGAAGGCCGGUCUGGAGAAAAAGCGGCAGGAGGAGGAAAAGGCGGCUGCAGCCUUGGAGGCGGCCAAGCGCAAGAAGCAGACAGACGAGCGGGCCCGCCGCAAGAAAAAGCGCGCCGACCUCAAGGCGGCGGCGACUGCGGCGCUGCAAGCUCUCCGGGACAAAGAAGCGAAGCAGCGCGCAAAUUCGCGCACCAAGGCAAAGGCGGCAGAGAAAGAG